AUGCAAGAUGUAUCGGCAGAUCGAAGUUUUACCGCAAUWCCGGGGAUACCAGUAUAUCCUUUGGAGGGAUUCGCCGCAGGUGUCGGUGAAACAGUAUACCUUAAUACCGUUACUUACGGGGUGAAUAGUGCUCCCUAUCUCGCCUUACGAGUUCUUCGGUUUAUUGCUGAUAACGACUGCGAAGCUCUUCCAGACGUCAAGGCCGUAUUGUACAACCAAACAUACAUGGACGACAUCUGUGUUGGUACAKAUUCGUUGAAGGCUGCUAAAAUGCUCCAGUCCUACUUAAUUAAGACGUUCGACAGAUCCGGCUUACAACUGAAGAAGUGGGCCAGCAAUAAUCCGGAUUUACGGUCUCAUCUACCAGCUGAAGAUUGUUCAAGAGCUCCCUUGAACUUCGACCAGGACGACGCAUCACAGGUGCUAGGUAUGCGGUGGAAUCAUGAAAAAGACUACCUCUCAUUCAGCACCAACAACUUUAAAAUGAUUUUAACUAAUCGCGGUGUACUAUCUAUGAUUGCUAGGAUCUUUGAUCCACUAGGCUUGCUCGCCCCGUCGAUCUUUUAUGCUAAGGCGAUUAUGCAGCGUGUGUGGCUCGCACACAUCGGAUGGGAUGAUCAGCUUCUGUCAGAUUUAGCUGAAGAGUGGACUGAUUUUUAUCACUUGCUAGGGUGGCUCACGGGAAUCAAGAUCCCUCGCUACAUCGGUUGCUCUGCCGGAUGCAGUUAUGAGUUGUGUGGUUUCUGUGACGCWUCAGGAAAAGGAUAUGCUGCUGUUGCUUACCUUCGUGUUACUGAUCCGUCAGGAGGUACGCAUGUAUAUCUUAUUGGGUCUAAGACCAAGUUAGCUCCAAUGAAGACCGUGACUAUCCCGUGA